AAAAACAAAAAUAAAACACUACCAAGAAGAAAAAUGUUCUACAUAUACUUCUUGAACACAACAGUCACAACACACAACCAAGUAUAAAAUUUUUAUACUUCUUGCACACAACUAACCAAGAAGCAACAAGAAGACAACACAACAUACAACACAAGCAGAGAAAAGAGACAAGAAGUGGAAGACGACGUCCGAGAUUUUGUCUAGCAAUUUUAAAUACACUUAAAAAUAUUUCAAGAAGAUGCUCCCAAAAGAAGAUACACAAAACCGCGAAACAAAUCAAUCGACAACUCAUCAGGACAAAGAAAACAAAGGCAGACCAAACAAAAAUGGUCCUGCCGCAAAGGUUGUCAUUCGACAUUUGCCACCGUCAAUGACCAAAGAUUGUUUUCUCGAAGAAGUGUCUCCUCUUCCCAAGAACGACUAUCUAUGCUUUGUUAAUGCAGACUUGACCCUUGGUCGAUUCGCAUUUUCGAGAGCAUACAUUAACUUUUGCAACCAAGAGGAUAUUUUCAUUUUCACUGAAAAGUUUGAUGGCUAUGUUUUUGUGGACAGCAAAGGCGAUGAAUAUCCAGCAAUAGUAGAGUUUGCUCCGUUCCAAAAAAUUCCUAGGAAGUCAAAUCGCAAGAAGGAUAACAAAUGUGGCACAAUCGAAACAGAUCCGGACUUUCUGAAAUUUUUAGAAAAUAAAGAAAAGCAAUCUGAAACAGAAACGACCAUGUCAGCAGUGGAAACUCUUGAGGAAAUCAAUGCCAAGGAGAGAGAGUUGAAAGCUAACAAGGGAGUUAUAAAAGUUUCAACACCUUUAUUGGACUUUUUAAGGAAGAAAAAAGAAGACAGAAUUAGAAUCAGAGAUGAGAAACGAGAAGAAAGAGAUAGAAAGAGAGCUGAGAAGAGGAAACAAAGAGACGAUGAUAAGAAGAAGGUGAAGGAUGUCAAACGUCAAGGAGAUAAAAUUAAACAGGAGAAGGCACCUCAGAAAAUUUUGACAGCCAAACCAAAGGAAGAAGUCAAAGUUGUCGAGGAGGAAUUGACCAAGAACCUAAAGGACAUGUUGAAAAUUGGUGCUGGAAAGGAUGGCCCAGAGGAAUCAAAAUCAGGUGUUGCCCCAACAGAAAAUCAACCCGAACGAAAGAAAGCACCUCCAGCAAGAGAGGGCAAGCCUGAGCAUCCAAGAAAACGGGACCCCCCUAAGAGAGACAAGAAAAGUCAAGGACCAGUGGACGAGAAAAAAGAAGGCAAAAGAGAGACUGAAAAAUCUGACACAAAAGUUAAGCAGAAUACGCCUUCAAAGGAAACCAAAAGCUACAAGGAGGAGAGACAAAAAAUGAAGGAAGCGAGGGCUGCACGAGCUGCUGCCAAGCAGGAAUCCAACCAGCCAAAAGAAGCCGACGGUGAUGCCAAAGCCGAGUCUGAAGAUUCUUCGUCCUCGUCCAAAACACAGCAAUAUUCUGAGGGAGGAGGCAAACCUGGCAGAUUGCGGAACAAAGACCGCCCUGCCCUUCAAAUCUAUCGACCUGGAAUGCUAAAAAGAGGAGAUGGGAAAGGAGGCUCCGACGGCCCAAGCUCCGAACUGUCUGGUGCCAAGCAAUCUGAAGAUGGCCAAAAACCUUCAAAAUCUAGGACUUUUGUGUCCCGAAGACGCAAACCUGCAAGUUCCGAGCAGGCUGAAAAUUCCGGCUAGCUCAUAUUCAUACAAAAUUAUUUGCAAGGUAAUUGUACAAAUAAAUAAAAUUGAACCAAA